CGGCGGCGGCGGCGUCAGCCUUGGCAGCACCCGGCCGGCGCCGCUCUCGGCCGGCCUCCCAGGGGAUGGGCCACCAGGAGCCCCCGCUGGCCCGAGUGCGGGCGGGCGGCGCGGCUUAUAUAAAGAGGUUAUGUAAAGGGCUCGGCUGGCGCGAGCACGUGCAGAGCCCCGGGAGCCCCGGCGCCCGCCUAGCCCCCGCCGUCUGCACCCGCGCAGCGGCGGGCUCCGGCGCACGCCCGGCCCGGGCCGCCGCCGCCCCUCGAGCCGCUCGGGCCGGGAGGCCGCCCUGGUCCGGAGCCGACCGUCCCCGCGAGUCCGGGGCUCCGAGCGGGAAACGGACCGCGCGCAAGUGCAGGGGCGCCCGCGGCCAGGUCACCAUCCCGGGUCCCGCUCCUUUGCGUCCCGGGGUCGGACGGAGGGAUGAGGCAGGGGGGACCCGGGCAGCGCCGUUGCUGCUCCCCCCGCCGCCCGCAGCCAUGGAAACGGGGGAGGAGGACGGCGCCCGCAGAGGUACACAAAGCCUUGAGCGGAAAAGGCGAAGCCCAGUGCCGCGGGCGCCCGGCGCGAAGCUGAGGCCGGCGGCGGCCCAGGCCCAGGCCCAGGCCAUGGAUCCGGCGGCGGCCGAGGCCCCGGGCGAGGCCUGCCUGGCGCGGCGGCGGCCGGAGGGCGGCGGGGGCCCGGCGCCGCCGCGCUACAGCCUCCUGGCCGAGAUCGGACGCGGCAGCUACGGCGUGGUGUACGAGGCGGUGGCGGGGCGCAGCGGGGCCCGGGUGGCGGUCAAGAAGAUCCGCUGCGACGCCCCGGAGAACGUCGAGCUGGCGCUGGCCGAAUUCUGGGCCCUGACCAGCCUCAAGCGGCGCCACCAGAACGUCGUGCAGUUUGAGGAGUGCGUCCUGCAGCGCAACGGGCUGGCCCAGCGCAUGAGCCACGGGAACAAGAGCUCGCAGCUGUACCUGCGCCUGGUGGAGACCUCGCUCAAAGGAGAAAGGAUCCUGGGUUAUGCUGAGGAGCCCUGCUAUCUCUGGUUUGUCAUGGAGUUCUGUGAAGGUGGAGACCUGAAUCAGUACGUCCUGUCCCGGAGUCCGGACCCAGCCACUAACAAAAGCUUCAUGCUCCAACUCACGAGCGCCAUUGCCUUCCUACACAAAAACCAGAUCGUGCACAGGGACCUAAAGCCAGACAACAUCCUCAUCACAGAGCGCUCUGGCACCCCCAUCCUCAAGGUGGCAGACUUUGGCCUAAGCAAGGUCUGUGCUGGCUUGGCCCCCCGAGGCAAGGAGGGCAAUCAAGACAACAAAAAUGUGAAUGUGAAUAAAUACUGGCUGUCCUCAGCCUGCGGCUCAGACUUCUACAUGGCCCCCGAAGUCUGGGAGGGACACUACACGGCCAAGGCUGACAUCUUUGCCCUGGGCAUUAUCAUCUGGGCAAUGAUAGAAAGAAUCACUUUCAUUGACUCUGAGACCAAGAAGGAGCUCCUGGGGACCUAUAUUAAACAGGGGACCGAGAUCGUCCCUGUUGGUGAGGCGCUGCUAGAAAACCCAAAGAUGGAGUUGCACAUCCCCCAGAAACGCAGGACUUCCAUGUCUGAGGGGAUCAAGCAGCUCUUGAAAGAUAUGUUAGCUGCUAACCCACAGGACCGGCCUGAUGCCUUUGAACUUGAAACCAGAAUGGACCAGGUCACAUGUGCUGCUUAAAAUUCAGGGCAAAGCAUCUUGGGUGUUUUUUAAACUAGGCCGAUCCUUGGGACCCACAAUCUCCUCGAGUCUCACGCAGAAGAUGGCAGAGGGUGCAGGUGGCGGCGUGGCCGGAUGGCGACCUCCCGGCCCCCGGGGCUCCAGCAAUGUGAAGCUUCCGUUUGGCUUCCCC